CUCGGGGCGGAGCCUGGGCUGGCGCGUGUGGCGGGCACUGCGAGCGGCGCGCACUAUAAAGCGGGACGCGCGGCCACUCGCGCACGCUUUCGAGAGAGUGAGCUCCCGGUUCAUCUUCAAGCUGAGGGACCACCCACUACAACCCCAUAUUGGUGGUUCCCCAGGAGUCGAACAGCCCCACCAUCCCUCUGUGCUUGCUCCUGGGGCAGCGCCUCUCCAGGCUUCCUCCCGGUCGCUGCAGGGGACAGCCGUGAUCAUGGCCGAGAGAGCACUGGCGCCCACCCAGAUGGGGCGGGGGGACCGUUACUACACGUACACUGAGCUCCUGGCCAUCUCGCGGCGCUUCAAGCAGAACCCCAACGAGCUCAUGAUCACCUGGAUCCUGCGCGUGUAUGACCAGGGGGGCCCGGCCCUGUCCCUGAACUCUGGAGAGCUGGCCCUGCUGGGCGACCUGACCGGCGAUGCCAUCUUCAACUACCGCUGUAAGACCCUGCGGGGCGGCUGCAAGACGCUGCUCACCUGGCUGCUGCUGGCCUGGCGCCAGCGCUGGGAGUCCUUCCUGCACUUCGAGGCCACCGAGCUGCCCUUCCGCCCCUGGACCACCAUGGAGGAGGGCAUCCAGCUGGUGCGUGAGCUGGGCAUGCUGGACUGGAUCUACCGCGAGCCCCCCUCGCCGCCCGCAGCAGAGCAGGGGCCUCGGCCCGCGCCCGAGGACGUGCCCUUCACGCAGGGCCUCCAGCGGCGCCUGCUGACGGCCGCCCCCUCUGAGCUGCGCCUCUCGCUCGUCAGCCUGCUGGUCAAGGGCAUGACGGUGCUGGAGGCGGUGAUGGAGAUCCAGACCAUCGCCGAUGUGGGCCUGCUCUGGCGCCAGAGCCAGCCGGGCCGCGCCAAGCUCAUGUUGGGGCCCAACCCAACGCGCAAGGACCUCCUGGGCUGGCUGCUGAGCCAUGGCGUGCCCAAGGAGAGGGUGGACAAGCAGCCCACCAAGGUCCUCCUCGAGCUGUACAUCAAAGAGGCCAAGCGUAGCCGCAGCCACCCUACCUACAUGCUGGGGGAGGAGCAGCCCCCACCUCCCCCCUACUCAGACCAGGCCUGCGGGGAGGAGCCGCCUGUGCCCGUGCGGCACGACUAGGCCCCCCUGGGCACCGUCUUCUAGAUGGUACUCAGUGGCGGAGGAGGCUAGAUUCCAGGGGAGACACGAAGUCGGAGCCAGUGCUUCCGGAACCCCCCCCACCCCAGCGUAGACUGAGGGAUGGCCCACCUGCCUGUCCUCCACCCUCCCUGGGGGCAGGCCGCCCCCAUUACUGUUUGCUCCCUAGAAGAGAGGACUGUCCUUGUCCCUGCCCACCCCACAGGUGUUGCCAGGCAGAGUGGUGGAGGCAGGCAAGCUGGCUGGUACCCCCGGGUGCCUUGUUCCCCCAGGGCGCAACCUGUACUGUCUAGUCUGUUACAUUUCAGCCCAACUGGCACAGUGGGCAGGCACCCACCCUUCGGCCACAUGGGCCCCCAAAGCACUACAGGCCAAGUGGGGAAACCCCACAGGCCACAACAUGAAAGCACCUUGAAGUUUGUACCCUUUUUCUUAAGGUAUUUUUAAAUGCAGUGUUUUUACCUAAUAAUUUAAGCAUAUGCAAAACUUUAGCUUUAGGGACGCUCCUUUCUCUUAGAAUGGUUUUUCCCUUAAGACUAUAAUUUUUAUUUUAUUAUUAUUUUGCAAUUCCUUUCCCUUUUAAAGUGGACUUCUGCUGUUUGCUCACCUGGAGAAGACCCAGCCAGUCCAUCUGAUCUCUUUAGGCGGAUGUGUAACCUCUGGCCAGUGUCUGUCACGUCUGGAUUAAAGGUGUUGGGGCCAAGAAUCACAACUUUGUGAGGACUGACGACCACCUUGGCAGGCUGUACUAGGCACAUGGGACUCAUUAAACAGCGUGAGCAUCGCUC